GAAGUCAAAAAUAAUUUUUAUUUUUUGGAGCAAUUCAUUGUAUUGUUGAUUUGCCGCUUUCUAAGUAAACAAAAAUGUUAUUUUAUUCGUUCUUCAAAUCGCUUGUUGGUAAAGACGUCGUGGUGGAGCUCAAAAAUGACCUUAGUAUUUGCGGUACCCUUCAUUCUGUAGACCAAUAUCUUAAUAUAAAAUUGUCGGACAUAAGCGUCAUAGAUCCAGACAAGUAUCCUCACAUGUUAUCAGUAAAGAACUGCUUUAUAAGAGGUUCUGUGGUGCGCUAUGUACAGUUACCAGCUGAUGAAGUGGACACGCAGCUACUCCAAGACGCAGCGAGGAAGGAAGCGACGGUUUCAACGAGAUAAUAUUAUAACCUAAAACUUUUGUGUAAACCCUCAAAUUUCUUCUAGUUUGUGUAAUUGAAGUGCGUGUAAAUAUUAAGUGUAAGCUUAUCGAAUUAAAACGAUGUGAUGUGAACUA